GCCCCCCUUCCUCGUUGAACCACCAGAGCGCCUGUUCACUAAUCAGUUCUAGACACUCUCUCGAUAUUUUAUAUUUGCCGCAAUAAGCACUCGAAUACUCUCGUGAUCGGAUCGCUCUUUUGUACGAUCAGCUCCCGGAUUUACUCGACUCAACGCAGCAAAUCAUAUCAAACAACAACCACCCUACCACUCCCAUCCCCAUCCCGACUUAAUCAAUCCGAAAACAAUGGCUGAGAACGGCGAAGAAGAGCUUCUCGACUACUCCGACAGCGAGGACGUCGCCCCCGUCGCCCCCACCACUGCUGCGUCCACCACCGCCGCUGCCACCGACUCCAAGGAAGAGAACGGUGACAAGAAGGGAUCAUACGUUGGAAUCCACUCGACCGGUUUCCGCGACUUCUUGCUCAAGCCCGAAUUACUUCGUGCCAUCGUUGACUGCGGCUUUGAGCAUCCUUCUGAGGUCCAGCAAGUCUGUAUUCCCCAGUCUAUUCUCGGAACCGAUGUUUUGUGCCAGGCCAAGUCCGGUCUCGGUAAGACGGCCGUGUUUGUGUUGUCGACGCUUCAGCAGCUCGAUCCAGUUCCGGGCGAAGUUUCCGUUGUUGUGAUGUGCCACACUCGUGAGCUGGCGUACCAGAUCAAGAACGAGUACUCUCGAUUCUCAAAGUACAUGCCGGAGGUGCGAACGGCUGUUUUCUUUGGAGGUACGAGCAUCAUGAAAGAUGUUGAGGUGAUUAAGAACAAGGAGACGAGUCCUCAUAUUAUUGUUGCUACGCCUGGACGAUUGAACGCGCUUGUGCGUGACAAGUACUUGCGUUUGAACAAUGUGAAGGUGUUUGUUCUUGAUGAGUGCGACAAGAUGCUUGACACGACUGAUAUGCGUCGUGAUGUUCAGGAGAUCUUCCGCGCGACGCCCCAUCAGAAGCAGGUGAUGAUGUUUUCGGCCACUCUUAGCCAGGAGAUCCGACCGAUCUGCAAGAAGUUCAUGCAGAACCCGCUGGAGAUCUACGUUGACGACGAGACGAAGCUCACGCUUCACGGUCUGCAGCAGUACUAUCUCAAGCUGGAGGAGCAGGAGAAGAACCGCAAGCUGAACGAUCUCCUGGAUACAUUGGAGUUCAACCAGGUUAUUAUCUUUGUGAAGUCGACUGUCCGUGCGAACCAGCUUAAUAAGCUGCUUGUGGACUGCAACUUCCCCAGUAUUGCGGUGCAUUCUGGUAUGCCGCAGGAAGAGCGAAUUGCGCGAUUCAAGGAGUUUAAGGAGUUCAACAAGCGAAUCUGUGUCGCGACUGAUGUGUUUGGUCGUGGUAUCGAUAUUGAGCGCAUUAACUUGGCUAUCAACUACGAUCUGCCGUCUGAUGCGGAUUCUUACCUUCACCGAGUCGGUAGAGCCGGACGAUUCGGCACCAAGGGUCUUGCUAUCUCGUUUGUUAGCUCGAAGGAAGACGCGGAGGUGUUGGAUAAGAUCCAGGAGCGAUUUGAGGUCAACAUUGCGCCUUUCCCAGAGGAGGGAGUUGACCCCGCGACCUACAUGAACACAUAAGCGGAUAAAUAUUUUUUAUGAAUUUGCAGUGCUUUGUGUCUGUGUUUGUGAGCUGAUGCUUCUUGUUAUAUUAUAAUCUGAUUUCAAGUUUCGUUUUGUUUCAAUAUUUUUCUAUAUUUUACUAGCGAGGGACCGUGUAUGCUUAUAUUCUUCUUCGGUGAGCGUAUGUCUGGUCGAUAUGCAUUAGUGUAGAGAUUAGUGAUGUUGUUUAUUGAAGAAGAAUAGAAUAAAGAUGAAAAUAAAAGAUAAAGAAGAGAUAAAGAAGUCGUAGCAGAUGAGCAGUUGUCAGGAGUUGACUUUUAUUUUUAUUUUUAUUUUUAUUUUUUUAAUU